UCGCCCACCUUGGCACAUCGCUAACGUUUUUCCAAUAAGAAUUGGAGUGAAGUGAACAUUUUUAUCAAUAGUAAUACGCGAAACAGUUUUAAAGCCAAUAAGAAAACUACCCAGCAAUGCAACGGAAAAUGCUGGACACUGUGAUUUUGUGAAACUGUUCGAAUUCGUUGGAAAACCAAGGAAAUUGCCUGGGAAAACCAAUCAAUUUAUAACGCUGUGCAAACGGAUCAGGAUCACCAGCCAGCCGCACACCACCACAAGCCGAGUGGUCCACCGCUGCUCCCCACACAGACACGCAAGGACAUCGCACGGAGGACCGAGGAGCAGCCGGAUCAGGCGCAGGAUCACGACCAGCAAUAGGAUCUAGUACAGCCGGACAGGACAGUCACCGAUCGCACGACCAUGUUCACGGGCAAGCUGCAGAUCAAGGUGUGCGAGGCGAGCGGCCUGCGGCCCACAGACUUCCAGAAGCGCCACAACCUCACCUUCGGCAAACUGGCCGACGAGCAGCUCAUCGAUCCCUAUGUCUCCAUAGAUGUCGACGAGAGUCACUUCGAUCGAGCCACCACACGGCCAAAGACAUUCGAUCCUGUUUGGAACGAGCAGUUCGUCCACGACGUGACCAAUGUGAGCAACAUCAACUUGACCGUCUUUCAUGAUGCCGCUCUGCCGCCGGAUGACUUUGUGGCCAACUGCAUCAUCUCCUUCGAGGACCUCAUGCAGAGCGAGACGCCUGUGCAGGAUCUAUGGGUUAACUUGGAGCCGCAGGGCAAGAUUCACGUCAUCAUUGAGCUGAAGAAUCGCACGGAUAAAGCCAAAGCCGAGGCCGUCGUGGAGCACACUGUGGCCGUUAACAAGGAGUUCAAAGAGCGCGCCGGAUUCAACCGACGUCGCGGUGCCAUGCGUCGUCGGGUCCAUCAGGUGAAUGGGCACAAGUUCAUGGCCACGUUUUUGCGUCAACCCACCUUCUGUUCGCAUUGCCGGGAGUUUAUCUGGGGAAUUGGUAAACAAGGCUAUCAAUGUCAAGUCUGCACGUUAGUUGUACAUAAGAAAUGUCACCUGUCGGUGGUGUCCAAGUGUCCGGGCAUGCGAGAUGAGCAGCCAGCCAAAGUGGAGGUGGUGCCGGCGGGCCAGAGGUUCAAUGUGAAUGUGCCGCACCGCUUCGUGGUGCACAGCUACAAGCGGUUCACGUUCUGCGACCACUGCGGAUCCCUGCUCUACGGCCUGAUCAAGCAGGGAUUGCAGUGCGAGACCUGCGGGAUGAACGUGCACAAGCGGUGCCAGAAGAACGUGGCCAACACGUGCGGCAUCAACACGAAGCAGAUGGCCGAGAUACUCAGCUCGCUGGGCAUCUCGCCGGACAAGCAGCAGCCGCGCCGCUCUAAGUACUUGAACCAGCAGGGCGGCGAGGACAACUAUGGGGCAUCCCUGGGCGCCGAUGGCGACGGUGCUCCGGGGCAGUCGUUUCGCAGUUGCGCCUUGUCGGUGGACAGCCUGGCCACAUCGACGACGACGCUGACCAGCGGGUAUAAUAGCAGCAGCUGCAUGAGCCUGGCGGUGACCGGAUCUGGAGGCGUUGGGGCCACUGGAGAGACGCGUCCGGGCAAGUGCUCCUUGCUGGACUUCAACUUCAUCAAGGUGCUGGGCAAGGGCUCGUUCGGCAAGGUGAUGCUCGCCGAGAAGAAGGGCACCGACGAGAUCUACGCCAUCAAGGUGCUUAAGAAGGACGCGAUCAUCCAGGACGACGACGUCGACUGCACCAUGACAGAGAAGCGCAUCCUGGCGCUGGCCGCCAACCAUCCCUUCCUGACUGCGUUACAUUCCUGUUUCCAGACCCCGGACCGCCUGUUCUUCGUGAUGGAGUACGUCAACGGCGGCGAUCUGAUGUUCCAGAUACAGAAGGCGCGUCGGUUCGAGGCCUCGCGUGCCGCCUUCUAUGCGGCGGAGGUGACUCUGGCCCUGCAGUUUCUCCACACCCACGGCGUCAUCUACCGCGACCUGAAGCUGGACAACAUCCUGCUCGACCAGGAGGGUCACUGCAAGCUGGCCGACUUCGGCAUGUGCAAGGAGGGCAUCAUGAACGGCAUGCUGACCACCACCUUCUGCGGCACCCCCGACUACAUCGCCCCGGAGAUCCUCAAGGAGCAGGAGUACGGCGCCUCCGUCGACUGGUGGGCGCUGGGCGUUCUCAUGUACGAGAUGAUGGCCGGCCAGCCGCCGUUCGAGGCCGACAACGAGGACGAGCUCUUCGACUCCAUCAUGCACGACGAUGUGCUCUAUCCGGUUUGGCUGUCCCGCGAGGCAGUCUCCAUACUAAAGGGUUUUCUCACCAAGAAUCCGGAGCAGCGACUUGGCUGCACUGGCGACGAGAACGAGAUACGCAAGCAUCCAUUUUUCGCCAAAUUGGACUGGAAGGAGCUGGAGAAGCGCAACAUAAAGCCACCAUUCCGACCGAAAAUGAAAAAUCCACGCGAUGCCAACAACUUCGAUGCGGAGUUCACCAAGGAGGAUCCAGUGCUGACACCGAUUGGAAACGAGGUGGUGCGCUGCAUCAACCAGGACGAGUUCGCCGGCUUCUCGUUCGUGAAUCCCAAGUUCGGACCGGAGCGCAAAGUCUACUAAGGCCCAACGAUCGCAGUUCAUGUUCACCAGUUCAGUUCGAUGGAUUGCGAUGCGGUCGUCUGGAGCCCCGGUCGGAUCGGGGGGUGGCCCAAGUCCAGCCAGAUCGCCAUCGCGACGAGCUGUCAUCCAGCGAAAGCAGUCUAAUAUUUUCAUUUCCCGUAACUCCCCGGCGCACUCGCCGCCCCCAUUGUUGUCUGUUUCCAGCCGUAGUCGUGAUGCUCGUCCUCGUUUCGUUACCGGUCCUGUGUGUAGAUCACUCAUCCGCAUCCAACUACCAGUGCCAAUUGUCGAAACUGCUAGCUUCAAAUUGAACUUUGGGGCGCACAAGCCCCAAAACCCCUUUCCCUGCUUCAAGCUCCACGCCUGUUGGAAUUCAUUUAUGUUGUUUGCCAAGCUCCCAAGAACAGAAACCAACAAAAAAAAAAAAGAAAAGGAAAGAAAAGAAAAGAAAGAAGGAAGUAGAGAUACCCCCACCCAUCUAGUCAAUGCCCAGUGGCUGAGUGCAUUUUGUUAUUAGUUAUUUAUUGAUUGUUUGACGUGCCGAAUCUCAAGUUUCGCACUCGCAGACCGACAGCAUCCAAGCAGAGCUCUAUUUACGGGAGGCGAGGCACUUGCUCCAAGCGAAUCUCAAGGGAAUUUCUAACACAAUAGCCGCAAUGUGCCGUCUGUACCACAAACACCACACAAUACAUGCGACCACACGGAUCUAGUUUCAUUUGUUUUACGUAUUCGAAAUCUUGCACAACUUCCUUCUCAAGUAUUAAAGCGAUAUUAUUUUAAAGUUACCUUAUUGUUAAACAUGAAUAUUUAUAAAACGAACAAAAAAAAAAAAACAAAAACCAACAAAAACAAAAUGAAGCCAAAAAGCCCUAAUACAAACGCAUACAAUUUACCAACAAAAUGGAAAAAGAAAGUAAAGCUAACUAAUCAUAGAGGUAAAGCUAAACCCACAAAGAGAAUGUCUAUAAAAUUCAUAUUAAUUUAUGCUAAACAAACUAUGAAUACAAAACGUGUUUAGUCCGUAAGCAAACGAGGAGGAGAACAAACAAAUUAUAUAUAUACAUAAACAUAUAUAUAAAGUAUAUAUAUGUGAACCAUAUAAAUUGUGAAACUAAAGCAUAUGCAUAUAUAAUACACACAAAUGAGAAACAUUUAGCGUAAUUGAGGAGAGUCCGAACAAAAUUAAGUGAAGGAUGAUAGGAGACAAACAAUAUAACUUUUAUGUGUUGAUUUUAAAGCCAAAGACUCAAGCUAAGUUCUAUUCGCAAUUACUGCAUUCAAAUCUAGCAUAAAUUUGAUUGGUAUCCCUUGAAUGUUGUUACGAUUAUUAUUUACUCCAUAGCAAAUUUCGAGUGGCGAAAUUGUUUCUGUUUUUCGAUUUCCGUCUACCAAAGCGAGCGAGUAAUCGUGCUAAAGUAAAUCAUUAAUAAAUAACAAAAACAAAGGCGGAAUAGCAAGCAAAGGAAGGAUAACAGAUGAUUUAUUAACUUUAAGCAGCGUUGUUAACUAAACAUAAAAAUCGUAAGGCAAAGGCAGGCAUAAACACACAUUUGUAUGUAAUAAUAACGCCCAGUGUCUAAUAAUAUUUGUGAAAUAGCAAGCCCAGCGUAAGCGCUAGUUACCCAUUUACAAUUUAAAUGUUAACCCAAAGUAUUUUCAAGAACGCAUUUUACCAAAAACAAGCAAAACACGAGAAAUAAAAAAAUAAAUUAAAACCACAAACAAAACCCAAAGAAAUUAAGGACGAAGUGAAGAAGUAUAGGCAAAUGUUGAAAGCUAUGAAUAAUUUUUUAAGCAAUGCGCUCAGAGGCCGUUGCAAAGAUAGAGGCGCGUAUUCAAUUUAAACUAAACAAAGAGUAUAAAAACAAGCAAAACUCCAGCCAACAAGAUAAACUCAUAUGAACAUAGGUAUAGAUUCCCGAUCGGGAUAGGUAUCAGGAUCGGAAUCGGGAAUAGGUCAAUCGCUGCUGGUCAAGCACGGAAAGCAGAGGAAACAAAAAUGAGGUACAUUUAAUGGGAGAGAAACAGAUGAGGGAUUAGAACAAAUCGCGUGACCGUAACCUGACAAAAAAAAACACAAAACUUAUAGGAAAAUGUGCAACCAAAAAUGUUAGCUAUAAGCUCUCACCGAAUACGCAAAGCUGAACGCUCCCCGCGACCCCGUUGUCUCCACCUACUUACCCCGAAACUUAUAGUGAAUAUAUAUGUAUAUCAUGGCUUGCCAAAGGGGCUCUUCAACUAAACUCCGAACUAUGAAAUCUGAACUCUGAACUCUGAAUGUACUCACCCGAUCCAGCUUAGCUAACUUUUUCUGGAGCCGCGCAGCUCAAGCAAACACUCAAACUCACACCCACUUACAUAUGUGCAACUUUUUCAUGUACCUUUCGCAUCUUAGAUACUUAAAUGGAUUAUUAAACGGAAUCCCCGAAAAUUGUUAACUGAUCUAAGGCAGAACUACACACAAACUACUAAGAAAAUAUACAGAAUUAUUUAUGGAACGGCGUACAAAACUAAAGCGCAACAAAGUGGGAGACAAAGGUUAGGAAUCAUUGCAAAGUAAUAAUCAUAGACACAAAAGUAUUCAGAAAACAACACACAAAGCAAACACACAAGGCACAUUUACAAAGCAGAUGAAAAAACAAACUACAACUGAGAAGAACACGGCAUAAAUAAGGUUUAAGUUAUGUUUAAAAAAGAGAUAAAUAACUGUAACGGUAAAGUCGAAAGUCAACAGUUGAUAUGUUGUAAAAAAGCUAUUAAAUAAACACAAAAAAAUGGAAAGAUUACCAAGGCAGGCAAGUGAGCGUAAUUGAAUGUUAAAGAAGCUACUAAGUAAAUGGUACGAGCAGAUGUGUGCAAAGAUAACCAAAGAAAGCAAAUUGGAAACAAGAAAAUUGAUUUAUAACAUUAAGUGAAAACUAAUUAAUAAAUAAAGAGGUAACACCUAUGAAAAAUGUAA